UAUCACCAGUCAAUUGGGUAUUCUGUGUUACAGUAUAUUAUAUUUGAUCAUUAUGUUAUAUAAUAAUUUAGUCGUAUUAUUGUUAAAUAAAUGGGUCCUAUCGGUUACAAUUACGACAUAUUCAAGUAUUAUUCUUUUACUCAAGUGGAUGCUUUUUCUGAAGUGGGUCUCUCCGUUGUCGAUCUUCCUUCUGCUUCAAUCUCAGGACAUGGAGUAAAAUUUGGGGUCAUUUAUCAAUCACUCAGCCUCCGUGUGUACCUAUGAUGAUAGGUUGAAUAUUGCUAACUUAUGAUAUGGAAAUUGGAUCUCAGUUUCAAGGGUUAUGUCAUGCCCAAAUCCAGAGACUUCUUUUGAUCCUGGGGAUAUUAGCUGCUGCUAUAAUUCUGUUUCAAUUAUUCGCACUUUCCUAUGAAAAGCAUUUACCCUCUCUACCUCAUGCCAAUAAGGGUUCAGUGUCAGCGACCGUUGACAGUGCCACCCUUUUGAAUAUUUCGAAAUUAACCAAUAUUCAUAUAGUUCAUGGGGUGGUCACAAAUGCUAAUGCUUCUGAUUUGAAGGGAAAAGCUUGGAACAAGAAUGAAAUGAACGGAGAGGACACAGACUAUGAAUUUGCAUCUGAUGGUGAUGGAGAGAGUGAUAAUUCUUCUGAAAUAAGCGAGGAGAGGAACUCACAUAAUGAGUUUAGAUUGGGGAUGGAUCUAACAGUUCAUAACAGUUCAACAAUCAGAACUGUUAGGUGGACAGAUAAUAGUUUUACUCAAGAACAGGUUACAGGAUUAGGACUUGGUGCCCUGGAGCAGGUUAAGGAAUCAGAUAAUGAUUCUACUCUAGGCAAUGACCAAAAAACAAUUAGCUCCCCGAUCCUAGGAGGAAUUCAGAAUCGAACUGGUUUUGGGGCCUUGCCUCCCAUGUCACCAAGAAUUUUUACAAAUGGCACCGAAAACCUAGAUGCAGAUUCAAGAUCUCUACUGUUACCUGUUGCUGCCAAUGUAUCCGCAGGACACACGUACAAUCACACUACGGAAACCCAGCCCAAGGAUGCAAGUUCUGAGCCGAUGCAAAAAAUUUCAGUUACUUUGAGCAAUAAUUCCUCAUUGGCUGUUAAUUCUAUUAAGGAGAGGAGGACGAAAACAAUAUCAAUAUACCAGAUGAAUUUGUUAUUGAUUCAGAGUUCUGUUUCUUCUAAUUCAAUGAGGCCAAGAUGGUCUUCUGCACGCGAUCGACAACUUCAAGAUGCAAGAUUACAAAUUGAGAAACCUCCAAUCAUAAGGAAUGCUCCAGGACUCCAUGCUUCUCUUUUUCGAAAUUUUUCCAUGUUUAAAAGGAGUUAUGAAAUGAUGGAACGAAUGCUCAAAGUCUAUAUUUAUAGAGAAGGAGAGAAGCCGAUAUUCCAUGAGCCAUAUUUGAGGGGAAUUUAUGCUUCUGAAGGAUGGUUCAUGAAACUGAUAGAGGGAAACAAACAAUUUGUGGUGAGGAACCCCACAAAAGCUCACUUAUUUUACUUACCUUUCAGUUCACAAAAGCUAAGGCUUGCACUUAAUGAACCGAAGUUUGCGAGUCAGAAGGACUUGGAAAAAUAUCUAAAGCACCAUGUGGACAUGAUUGCUGGCAAGUAUCGUUUUUGGAACAGAACUGGAGGAGCAGAUCAUUUUAGUGUUUCUUGUCAUGAUUGGGCUCCUAGGAUGACAAGGAAUAGCAUGGGGAGUUGCAUCAGAGCUCUUUGCAACACCAACAUAGCCAGCGGCUUCAAAAUAGGCAAGGAUGUUUCUCUACCUGUGACAUAUGUUCGUAAUUCGCAGGACCCCCUAAAAGGUAUAGGAGGAAAACCUCCUUCAGAGAGACAUAUUCUGGUCUUCUUUGCAGGGGGCAUGCAUGGGUAUCUCCGUCCCAUUCUGCUACAGUAUUGGAAGGAUAAAGAACCCGACAUGAAGAUCUUUGGGCCAAUGCCUCGUGAUAUCGAGGGCAAAGCACUCUACAGGGAGCACAUGAAGAGCAGCAAAUAUUGCAUAUGUGCCAGGGGCUAUGAAGUCCACACACCUAGAGUGGUCGAGUCCAUAUUGUAUGAGUGCGUACCAGUGAUCAUAUCAGAUAACUAUGUGCCUCCAUUCUUUGAGAUAUUGGACUGGGAAGCAUUUUCUGUGUUCAUCCCUGAGAAAGACAUCCCGAAUUUGAGGAACAUACUUCUUUCUAUUCCAGAGGAAAAGUACCUUGCAAUGCAGCAGAGAGUAAAGAUGGUGCAGCAGCAUUUUCUUUGGCACAAACAGCCAGUUAAGUACGAUUUAUUUCACAUGAUCCUUCACUCAGUUUGGUACAACAGAGUUUUUCAGUUAAAAACUAGGUGAGGAGUUCAGGCAUUGAGGAAACAGGAAAAUGAGCAUUCAUCGAAAAAAUAAAUAAAUAAAAUAAAAUAAAAUAAAAUGAAAUGUCUUCUCUGAAGAGACGACGAAUGGUAAAGAAAAGGUCCAAGCAACUCCAGAAUCUGCUGAAAAAUGUAUAGUGCCAGUGUAUUUGAAGGAGGGCCUGAACGUGUUAGGGAGCCGAACACACCAUUAUGAAGGCUGAUUUUCAAUUAGCAUUGCCCUUUGUUCAUAGUGUACAGUGAGGAGGACUGUAAAAUAUUGAGAACCGAGCGCAAUAUAUGGUCAAAGGCUAUUCUCCAAUUAAAUUGAGAACCAUACCUUUCGAUCACAUGGUAAUGUAACCUAAAGUUCUUCUCUAUGUGAUGAUACAACAUAUAUAUAUAUAUUACGUAUAUAUAUUUCAAAGGGGAAAAAAUCAGUCUCCUGCUCAUCUCUCACUGGAAGGUGUCCAUGGAGGGGUAAAUGCUGACAUGGCACUUUUAGUUAAAAUAGUAUUUACUAGAUUUUGUAUAAUACAUAUUACUUGUAGACCAUUUUCAUACGAAAUAUUUUAUUCAA